AAAAAGAGAUGAGAGCGUGUGGGAAGUGAGGAUGCCACGCUUUCAAGUUUCAAUUCCAAACACAAACCAAAUCCCACUUGCAAUUUCCCUUACAAUUUUCACCAUUUGCCUCCACUCCAUCAACAACCUCCCCUUAUCUUCUAGGAAGCUUAAAUCCGAAAUCCAAAACCCCAUUAUUAACGAUUAUUGUUGCAUUAACAAAGGAUCAUGGCAAUGACAGUACAGUUGCAGCAGCAAGCAGCUACAACUGCAGCUACUGCAAGCAAGUCAUGGAGUAUACCUUCAGCACUGGUGCCUCCUGCAGGUACCAGCAUCGGCCUCAGGCGUGCUGCUGAUCGCUUCGCACUGCGAUCAUCUUUCUCGUCUUCCUCCCUCCGUCUUCCAAGUGUCAAUGUUACUGCUGCCCCUAAAUUCUCUAUGCGUGUUGCAUCCAAACAGGCCUACAUCUGCCGUGAUUGUGGAUAUAUUUACAACGAUCCUCGGAAACCUUUCGAGAAAUUACCAGACAAUUUCUUCUGUGCUGUAUGCGGUGCUCCAAAGCGCAGAUUCAGGCCAUAUGACCCUCCUGUAACCAAGAAUGUCAAUGACAAAAAUGUUCGAAAAGCAAGGAAAGAACAGAUUAAACAAGAUGAAGCUAUUGGGAAAGCUUUGCCUAUUGCCAUUGUUGUUGGAAUCGCCAUACUCGGUGGUGUUUACUUCUACCUCAACAGCACCUUCUAAGGUCUCAGAUCGAAGUUUUGUACUCAGCACAGCUUAUUCAUAAUACCCUGUAUUUUGGACCUCCUUUAACAUCAAUAGCCGCAAUCUCUUAUUCUUUUUGUAUAAUCGUAUUAUCAAGAAAUAUUGAAGUACAAACUUAAAGAAAGCAUAUAAAAACAAUUUACUAUGUCA